CUCAGCCUCUCCACGCACACACAGACAUCCCCACCCGCCCCUAGGUGGGGCGCGGUGCACUGUGGGAUUGAGGACCUCAAGAUGGACAGUCGGGAUGUUGCAGGAAAAGCCAACAGGUGGUUUGGAAUUGCACCACCUAAAUCUGGGAAGAUGAACAUGAAUAUUCUUCAUCAAGAGGAACUGAUCGCUCAGAAGAAGCGGGAAAUUGAGGCCAAAAUGGAGCAACAAGCCAAACAGAGUCACGUGGCCACUCCCCAGCCCCCACCACCCAGGGAAAUUGCAAGUGCACCAAAUGCUGCUUCUGUCUCUAACAAGUUUGCCAACGAUGGCAGCUUCCUGCAGCAGUUUCUGAAGCUGCAGAAGGAAAGAUCCUGCACAGAUGCUUCUCCAAGUUCUACCUGUGCUCCCUCUAAUGUCUCUACCUCAAGCACUGGGAAAAGACCAAUCUUGAUUGGAAAGAGACCCAGCCUGGGAGUGAGCAACCCUUUCAACCAAGUAAAGAACUACUCUCAUGCCAAGCAGAGCCCUGUGGCUAACCGCCUGAGUGUCUUCCAGUCUCCAGAUGAUGAUGAUGAAGAAGAUUAUGAGCAGUGGUUGGAAAUUAAAAUUUUACCCCCAGAGGAUGCAGAGACCCGGAAAGUGGUAGAGAAAUUGGCCAGGUUUGUGGCAGAAGGAGGCCCUGAAUUAGAAAAGGUUGCUAUGGAGGACUACAAGGAUAACCCUGCAUUUUCAUUUUUGCAUGAUAAGAACAGCAGAGAAUUCCUGUACUACAGAAAGAAAGUGGCAGAGAUGAAAAAGGAAAGCCAGAAUGCCCAGACACCGUCUUCUCAAAAAGUUUCACCCCCAGAGGAUGAAGAGACCAAGACUUUUGCUGAGAAGCUGGCCAGGUUUAUAGCUGACGGGGGUCCUGAAGUGGAAACAAUUGCCUUGCAGAACAACAGGGAAAACCAUGCAUUCAGGUUUUUAUAUGAGCCGAACAGCAAAGGAUAUAAAUACUACCGACAGAAACUGGAGGAGUUCCGGAAAGCCAAGGCCAGCUCUGUAGGUACAACUGCCACACCUGAUCCUGGUCUGAAACGGAAGACACCUCCAGAGGCCCCUUCUUCCUCUUCAUCUCCAUCCCCUUCCUCCUCCACUACCAUUUCCACCACUCCAGCUCCUGGCAAGGCAGUGGCUGCAGCUACGACCAAGAAGAAAAGGAAGAGCAGAUGGGGCCCAGAAGAGGAGAAGGUUGAACUGCCUCCACCUGAGGUGGUCCAGCAGGAUGUGGAUGCCUCCCCUUCCCCUCUGUCAGUUCAGGACCUUAAAGGGCUUGGUUAUGAGAAAGGAAAACCUGUUGGCCUUGUGGGGGUGACAGAGCUCUCUGAUGCCCAGAAGAAGCAGCUGAAGGAACAACAGGAGAUGCAGCAGAUGUAUGACAUGAUUAUGAAGCACAAGCGGGCCAUGCAGGACAUGCAGCUUAUGUGGGAGAAGGCAGUCCAGCAACACCAGCACGAUUAUGAUAGUGAUGAGGAGGUGGACAAUGAGCUGGGAACGUGGGAGCACCAACUUCGUCGCAUGGAAAUGGAUAAGACACGAGAAUGGGCAGAGCAGUUGACUAAAAUGGGCAGAGGAAAGCACUUCAUUGGAGAUUUCUUGCCCCCUGAUGAGCUGGAGAAGUUCAUGGAGACAUUCAAGGCGUUAAAGGAAGGCCGUGAGCCAGACUACUCAGAGUACAAAGAAUUCAAGUUGACUGUGGAGAACAUUGGCUACCAGAUGUUGGUGAAGAUGGGCUGGAAGGAAGGUGAAGGCCUUGGUUCAGAAGGACAGGGGAUCAAAAAUCCUGUUAACAAGGGUACAACGGCAGUAGAUGGAGCUGGAUUUGGCAUUGACCGGCCUGCUGAACUCUCUAAAGAAGAUGAUGAGUAUGAGGCAUUCCGUAAAAGAAUGAUGUUGGCCUAUAGAUUCCGACCUAACCCGCUGAACAAUCCCAGAAGACCUUACUACUGAGUAUUUUCCCCAAAAAAGUAUUUUCAGUACAAAUGUAAUUUUACUGUGAAAUGUUACAGAACUGCAUUAUUCCCACCCCCAUACCCUGUCUUUUUUUCUUCUUUGUUGCAAAUAUUGUAAAAUGUAUUAAAAGUCACAGUACUCUCCUUCACCCAGAACAGUGUUGUAGCACCGACAGGUGGGCACACAAACUAACAUAUGAUUCCUUGAUGACAGCAUCUUUGUGAAGGUGGCAGUGUCAUAGAGGAAUGAAGAGGAAAGGUUAAGAUGGAAACUUUCCCAUAAUAUCCUUUCCAAGGGGAAACACCAAAGAAUUCAUUAAGAAUCCUCUAAUGUUCUAUUGAGAGAUACCUCCCUACCGGCAAUGAUUAGAAACAUGGAAUUGUCUGAGCUGGUUGGAAUUUAGAAUAUAUAACAUGGAAAGCUGCAGGGACCUAAGAGAUCUAAUCUAUCCCUCUCGCUUUGCAGAUUAAAACAAAACAAAACAAAACAAAACAACAAACCCUGAGGUCCAGAGAAUGAGGCUGAUACCAUACAGCAAUUUAAUGGCAGAACCAGGACCAGGCCCCAGAUCCUCUAUUGUUAUGUCCUAAACUGCUGCUUAAGUAGCAGGUUUAUCUUGAGGUGGUUCUCCUCAGACUAGGAGGCAACAAACACUUUCCCAACCAAAAUCCAGUUUUCCUUUCCCUUACCUAGGAUACUAGUCAGCACCCUGGACCUUGCCUGCUCCUAACUCUUGGGAGUAUAUCUGGAAUAGCCCAGCACCUUCUUUUGUGAACAGAAAGAAGGCUCUAUACCUCCAGAAGCCCCUGGGGGAGGUGUGCCCUUAUUUUCUACCUCCUGUGCAUAUGGGGUCACCUGCAGGCUCCUUCAUGACUCUUUGUGAGAGGUUCCCUCUCAGUGACCAGCUUGACUAUCUGAAGGAGAACUCGGGUUCCCUGAACAGUAAAACGUUCUAUGCCUUAUAUGUACACAAGGGACCUAAUUAGCUUCCUUUCUAUAUACUACUAUUUAGUGUGCACCUUCUUCCCUGCUCUCCUACCCCAGAUGUUCUUCUGUAACUCAGAGCCCUUGAAUAUGCUUUUUCUCCAGUUAGAGCCUCUUGAAAUCCUGUUUUCUGCAUGGUAUGGUGCUUGACUUGCUGGGGAAUAUGUGGUUUCUUUAGGGUUCACAACAGAACCUGGCCCUUGGGUAAAAUUAGCAUGUUCUAUAUCUUAAGCUAGAGGCUUUUCCCAGUAUUUUCCCCGAGAGCUCAAUCCACUUGGGAUCAAUUGACUUACUUUAUAGCUUCUCCUUUUUUCAUAAAAGGAAGAAGUCAGACCUAGAUAGCUUCAAGGUCUUUUUCAGCUCUACCAGUCUACUUUCUCAGAUGCCUUACAGCUCUUACGUUCUGUGUUCCAAAACCCUUUCCAAGUGAGCAUAAUUUCUACUUUUGGGACCUAAUCCCAAGAUUCACUGAGCCUUAGAUCACUUUUUAAAGACAGUGAAAUAUGCCAGGUCCCUUAGCAGUGGCCUGGGUCUCUUCCUGAACUCUUCCAUUUUGGAGCUAAGAGGAAUCUUGGCAUGUCCAAUCCACUUUUCCAUUUUCUAGCUCACUAGCAUUUGUCUAAUUUUUGGCUGCUUUCAAGUCCUUCCCAUCUUAGAAUCAAUUAGCAAGCAUUUAUUAAGCAUCUACUAUAUGCCAAGGAUGGUGCUGAGCUGGGGAGAUAAAAGACAAAAGUAAAACAUCUCUGUCCUCAAGGAACUUAGAGUUUAUCAAGAGAAAACUACAUGUACACAAGAUGGGGGGGAAAUACAGGAAGGGGAGGCACUAAGGAAGGCUUCUUGUAGAAGGCAGCACUUGGGCUGAGUUUUGAAGGAAACUUGGGAUCCUCAGGAUUUAUAAAUAGGUUUCAGCCCUCUGUGAAGGGCUUUUGAGACGUGAUGAAAGGUCAUCUUCAUUUUCUAAAAGGUAAUCAGAUGUUCUUAAGUCAGACAGCAAUGGUGUAGUAGCAGAAGCACGAGACUGGGCUUGGGGAUCAAUUUCUGCAGUCACUUAUUUUACAGUUGAGGAAACUGUCUCCUGACUGCCAUUGUGGGAUUUUGGCCCAGUCCAAUUACCUUUCCUAGUGUGUUAUGAUGAUGGGUGCCAUGUGAAUAUGAAAUGAAUCCUGAAACCUGUUUGUGGUGUCUUAGAAUUUAUCAGCAUCUUAAAGUUGAGGAGACCUCAGAGCCCAUUGAACCCCACCUGUACCUGGUGAGCAAGGAUCCCCUUUACAGUGUUCCUGCAGCAGUUCCUUCCAGUUUUCAAUAUCUCUUAAGUGUUAGAAAAUUUUAUCUUCUGUCAAGUCAGAAUCUGCCUGUACACUGUCUGCCUGCUGUGACUGGUCUUGUCCUCUGGAUUGAAGCAGAACUCCUUUCUCUCUUCCAAAUCACAGGCCUUCAGAUACUUGGUGAUAGGAACUAUCAAUCUGUUUGUUCUCUGCCAAGCUAAAUAUCCCCACUUACUUCACCUGAACCUCAUAGUGGCCUGAUUUCUAGUCCUGCCCUAUCCUGUUCACUCUCUUGUAUACUCCAGUUUGUGUGUCCUACUGAAAACGUGCCCAGAACUGAUCUGGGAUAUUACCGAUGUGGGCUGCCCAAUUAAAAGCUAUUUAUUCAACAUCUACUGUAUGCCAGGCACUCUGCUAGGUUCUGGCAAUACAAAGACAAAAAUGAAACAUUCCCUUGCCCUCCGAGUUUACAUUGUAUAGGCGGAGAGCUAAGGACAGUGUGACUACCACGACCCACGUUCUAAGAACAAGACCUCUCCUUAUGCAUCCUGAAUUUCCAAACCCCUUCCCUCUAACCCCAGUUUAAGCCCUGCAUAAGCACUAUAGUUAUCUUUUUCCACAUAAAUCCUCUUGUUAAGGAUAGAUGCUUUUUGUGCUUCCAAACCAUGUCUUCUGUCUCCCCUAGUGUCCAGCACAGGGCCCCCUGUACACAAUAGGAAUGAGUAUCUGUUGAGUUGAAUUUUGGUUUCACCGUUUUGGAAAGAAAACUGUUGGUUUUAACUGAGGUCCUAUAUGUUGUAAGAAAGCGAUGAUUUUGUGAUGUGAGACAUAUUGGAGAUAGGAGGGGGUAAUGGGAGAAAGAAAAGAAGCAAAGUGGUAGAGGGGCUUUGGAGUACCCUUCAAAUUACACCCCACAGAAGGUCACUUCCUCUGCCUACAAAGAGAUGUCUGGUGACAUGUCUUGGUCUUUUUCCUUAUUCUAUCUUUGAAGUGAAAGCAUUCUGGGCUAAGCCCCCAAGUCUCCUGCACAGUUUCCACUCACUGGUAUGGUAAAGCACUGGCCUGGGCAAAGAGUGCCUAAGUCUCAAGUGCCAGUUCCAUCACUACCUUGGGAAGGCCUCACUCAGUUUUCUCGUCUGUGAAAUGGGGAUAAUAAUCCCCAGCCUGCCUCCUUCAUAGGGUAUUGUGAAAAUCAAUGAGGUGCUGGUUAUUCAAGUGCUUUAUAAACUUUUAAGCUCUGUAUUCAUGUUAAAUUCUUACCAGUAAUUACAAUACUGAUGUUCUUGGUUAAGACAGCCAGGGCCCUUGUAUCCUUCAAACUCUUAGAAUAAUAGUCUUGCUUUUUCUUUCUUUCCUCUCUACAAGAGGCUUCCAUUUCUAGCUAGAGCAUGCCAAAGUGGCACUGCCCUGGAGGCCACCUUGUUUUUCAUGACCCUCACUUUUGUCAACUGCAGCAUCUGCUAAGUGCGUACUGCAUGAGAAGUAAGUCCAUUUUCAGGGAGCUUACAAUCUAGUAGGAGAGUUAAGGUAUGCAUGCACUACUUAAAUCUAAGUACAUAGAAAUAGGGAUACUUGAGAAGUCUGAGCUAAGGGGCUUAUUAAAAAAUAUAUUGCUCUUUUUUUUUUUUUUUACAACAUUUUCAAAUCUUUCCCUUCCCAUCUCCCACCCUGAGAGCCAUUUCUUUUAAUGAGGAAAAAUGGGUUGGGCAAGCAGAUGAGUUAAAUCUACAAAUGCUUCCACUGAGUCUGGCCGUAUGUGCAGUGUUCCACACCCAGAUUCCCCUGACCUCUUCAGAAAAGGGAGGGAGGUUCCUUUUCUCAUUGUUUCUUCAGGGACAAGCUUGUUCCUGUUUUCAUUUUUUUUUUGUUCUUUUUACUUAUAUUGUAAUUGUGUGUUAUUUUCCUGGUUCUGCUUACUUAAUUUUGCAUCAGUUCAUGUAAGUAUUCUCAUGCUACCCUGAAUUCUUUCUAGUUAUGAUUUCUUAAGGCACAGUAAUAUUCCCAUUACAUUUAUGUCAGAGAGGCAGCAUGGUACAGUGGGUCUUGAUUCAAGUGUUGCCUCUGGUACAUACCUGCUGUAUGACCCUGGACCAUUCACUCAAGCGUUUAGUGCUCUGGGCCAGCGCUUUUUAAACUGUGGAUCGAGACACCAUAUGGGGGCAAUGUUAAAAGGUUCCUGAACUCACAAUGAUCAAAAAUUAAUUAAAAAUCAAAACUAGUAACAAAUCCUGGGUGUUUCUGGUGGUGCUUGCUCACGUUGCUUUGGGCAGCUUGGUUCUGAAUAUAAAGCACAGGCACUUUGCACUGCACGUGUGCUCAGGCCAGGUAACACCAGUGAAUGCUGCCAAACUCAAAAAGGGUUCUCGAGUGGAAAAAGUUUAAGAAGACCUUCUGUAGGCAAAUCCUUGAAAUUAUUAAUUGCAGAUGAGGUACCUACCUGUGUUGUUAGAGGGACUUGCCUCAUAUGGAAGUGUCUUAUAGCAGUGAAAGAUAGGUUCAGUCUCUUGUGUGGGGCCAACCUACACCAAGAGAGAGGCAGAGAGAGCUCUGAGCCAAUGGUACUUUAUUAGAGGGUCCACGGCAUCUCUGCUAAUGAAGUGGAUCGCAGAUCUUCCCCACGAGCUGAGACAUCAUCUUCCAGGGCCCUUAUUUUUAUAGGCCUUGAUACCUAGACAUUCAAGGGAUGGCGCUAUCAAAUACAGAAUAAUUUUAUGGGGCGACAUGAUGCCUAGGCUAAAAUAAGCAAAACAGUGUAUCAGCAGGGUUAUGGAUUGGGCAAGGUAGGAAAUAGUUUCGAUGACUAGGUGGUCACAAGAUGGAUGAGGUACUUCGUUUGGUCAAAAGAAAAAAUGGUACAGGCUAUACAUGUGCUCCAAGAAAAUUGAGGGAAGCGGGGGUUUUCUGUGCCAUGCCUCAACUCACGCUUGGUAGAGUCAUGGAAAUUGAGCUAAACGAGAUGGAGAUAUCCAUGUUACUGUUCUUUCAGUCUUGUGGUUACUCAAGUAAACUCCAUUGUUGGUAAACAAAUUAUAACCAUUAUAUUAAAACUUGAGGCCCUAUGGCCUUCCUGUUAGAAACAUGCAAAAUAUGGAUUAAGAAUAAUUAGCUGGCUGACUAAAUAUAUAUUGCUAGAUAAGUAAAAUAAAAAUUUCUGACAGUCAUACCUCUUGAAAUUAUAAUGAACUGGCUAAUACUGAUUAGAGUCCUCAAGGAAUCAGCUUCCUCGUGCAUUGAACCAGCACUAAGCACUUGCUGUGUGGUGGACAUUCUACCAAGCACGGGGAGUAUACAAAGAAAGGCAAGAACAGUCCCUGCUGUCAAGUCGGUCUAAUGGGGAGACAACAUGUAUGUGGGUUGGUAUGCUGUGGAUGAAUAUCGAGGUGUGACCUUGGCAUAUGUGCCUAGUAAUGGGACAAAGGUUAUGGACAUUUUUAGCCACUUGGUUUGUUAGCAUAAUUUGAAAUUGCUUUCCAGAAUGGUUGGACCAAUUAAUAGCUGUACCAGCAGUGUGUGCUAGGCAAGCAUUGAUUAAGCACUUAUCCCAGGCACUGUAAUAAUUUAUGAGGUUUCAAAUAAAGGCAAAAACUCUGCCCUCAGGGAAGCUAUUCUAAUGAGGAAAACAAUGUGUAAAUAAAACAGCUCCUCUAGCGUU